UCAUUGUCGAGCAGGCAACAGACAUUUCUGCACUAUACAACUGUUGGUUGGUUGGUUUUGUUAAACUCAAUUUCUUGGAGAAGAAUCUGAUACACAAUCAAAACCUCUACUAAGUUUCGCUUUCAGACUGAGCUAAUUCUGUAAUGCAUCCAGUAUGCGAACCAUAGCAGUUUGUGACCAACAUUGGUGCUGACAAUUGACAAACAAAAAAUCUAGCUGUGUUUCAAGACCAUUGGGUUCUUAACUGCUAUGGAAAGAGAUGGUGAUUGGUAGCAUGUCUUUUUUUCUCAUAUGAGUACUCUUGCUAAGUCAGCAAUAUUCAAUUUGAAGGAGCUGCCGAUAUAACUUCUACUCUUCAUUCUUUGUGCUAAUUCAAUUAGUGGGAUUAGUUUUAGAUGCAAACAUCUCAGAAACACCAAAGUUCCUCUGGUGUCCAUAGAUCACUCCACCAGCCUGUUCAAGGGAUUGAAUCCUAUUGCUUGCCUCAUAUCCAAAUUCUGGACAACAAUACAUGCUCUGAUGGCUGCAGCCAAGGAACCAGUGGAGACUCUCAAACCUACAAGGAGCAGUUCUAUACCUUGGAAUCAUCCAUUGCGACUAUUGCCUAUGAUUCUUCGUCUGCCGUCAGCAUCUCAUCUAACAGGAGUCCCCUUACACCACUAGGUUCUCAGUCAUACCUGUCAGAUCCUCAUCAGUCCCCUGACAAUGCUUAUGGAUCACCCAUGAGCAGAUCUUCUGGUGUUGAUGAUGGCAAUAAAUUUAUUUACAAACUGAGAGAAUUGGAGAGAACAUUGCUGGAGGACAGCUGCAGCUGCUGUUUUCAGAGUGGGGCUCAUCAAGGCAUUUCAGCACAAAGUAGGAAUUGGAUGGAAAUGAUCCCUGGGCUAAACUUGAAAGAGGUGCUGGUGUACUGUGCUAAAGUGGUAUCUGAAGGUGAUCUAUUAACAGCAGCUGAUUUAAUGCUUGUGUUAGAGCAAAUGGUGUCAGUCUCUGGGGAGCCAAUUCAACGCCUGGGGGCAUACAUGCUGGAAGGGCUUAGAGCAAGACUGGAAUUCUCAGGAAGUAAAAUCUACAAAGCGUUGAAGUGUGAACAACCAUCAAGCUCAGAUCUCAUGUCUUACAUGUCUGUCCUCUUUCAGAUCUGUCCAUACUGGAAGUUUGCUUACACAUCAAUGAAUGUUGUUAUUGGGGAAGCUGUGGUGAAUGAGCCUAGAAUUCACAUCAUUGAUUUCCAGAUUGCACAAGGCACCCAGUAUAUGUACCUCAUCCAUGCACUUGCAAAACAGCAUGGUGGGCCCCCAUCUAUCCGCAUUACUGGGAUUGACGACUCACAAUCACUUCAUGCUCGAGGAGGAGGUCUUGAUGUUGUGGGGACGAAGCUUGCGCAGGUUGCUGCAACAUGCAAUGUGCCAUUUGCGUUCCAUGAUGCUUCUGUGUCUGCUUGUGAGAUUGAAAGAAAACAUCUUAUAAUUCAACCUGGAGAAGCUAUAGUUGUGAAUUUUCCUUACGUAUUGCACCAUGUGCCAGAUGAGAGUGUGAGCACUUCAAAUCCUAGAGAUCGCCUGUUGAGAUUGGUGAAAAGUUUGUCCCCCAAAGUUGUGACCAUUGCUGAGCAAGAGUCCAACACCAAUACUUCCCCAUUCUUUCACAGGUUCUGUGAGACAAUGGAUUACUAUAUGGCUAUGUUUGAAUCAAUUGAUGUAGCUUGUCCAAGGGAUGACAGGAAGCGAAUCAGUGCAGAGCAGCACUGUGUGGCUCGAGAUAUAGUCAAUAUGAUAGCUUGCGAGGAAUCCGAAAGGGUGGAAAGGCAUGAACUUCUUGGAAAGUGGACACUACGAUUGAAAAUGGCUGGAUUCACGCCGUAUGCAAUGAGUCCUUCAGUGACCAAUGCUGUUAUAGCUAUGUUGAAGGAAUACAACUGCAAUUACAGAGUUGAAGACCAUAACGGGGCGCUCUAUCUUGGCUGGAUAAACAGACAUAUGGCAACUUCUUCUGCUUGGAGGUGAUAAAUAACAAGCUGAUAACCUUUGUGGAUAACUCACUGUUUUUGUUCUAACUUUUUGAAACUGAGUCAGAAUGAUAUUUGUAACUCAAUACAGCCUAGCAUAGAGCAGGAUGCCAACUUUAACUUCAACUUCACUGUAAAUUCCCAUCUUGGAAUGAUACUGAGACUGUUUUGAGCUUA